GCGGGUGUGUCAAGUUACACAGGCGCCGGAAUCGGCCCGGGCGCUGCUCCGCCGCGGCCACGACCCACCUCAGCCCAUGGGGCCCUCCACGCGCGCCCCUCCGCCCGGGGACUGAAAUCGGCUCGCCGGGGACACGCGAGACACCCAGAAGGACCGACUUGGCGACACCCGCUCGGGGACUCUGCAGACACUUGAAGGGAAGACGGGCGGAGAGCCGGCCAGAUUCCCCUCAACUCCCCUGGACUUUGGAACGGUCUUCGAAAUAACUUUUUUCUCACUUUGGUGAACCCCGACUACAGCUGAUUGUGAUUUGGGGAUCUUUACCCACCCACCCCCUCCUAAGAUUUCUUUUUUCCGUGCUCUUUGCCGGGAGUAAAGGAAAGGGGGCGUAUCCAGCCACACAAGCCCUUUUUCCCUCCUCAGUUUGGAUCGCACCCUUUGGCGGCGGUUCGAGCCUUUAUUUAUUCUAUUUAUUUAUUUAUUGGUCCUCCAGAAGCGAAGGGAUGGUAGCGGAGCGCGCCCGCGGCCCCGGGGAGCUGGGCGCGCCCCGGGCGGUGGCGGCGCGGACCGAGCGCUGCGCGCGGCUGCCCAGCCCGGGGUCGUGCGGGCUCCUGGCGCUGGCCCUGUGCGCGCUGGCGCUCAGCCUGCUCGCCCACUUUCGGACGGCGGAGCUGCAGGCCCGGGUGCUGCGCCUGGAAGCGGAGCGCGGGGAACGGCAAAUGGAGAAGGCUAUUUUGGGACGAGUCAACCAACUGCUGGACGAGAAAUGGAAGCUCCACUCCCGCAGGCGCCGGGAAGCCCCAAAGAUGUCUCCAGGAUGUAACUGCCCGCCAGGACCUCCUGGCCCCACUGGAAGACCCGGACUCCCAGGGAACAAAGGCUCCAUUGGAAUGCCUGGGCAUGUGGGAGUCAAGGGCCAACCAGGCGAGAAGGGUGCCCCUGGUGAUGCCGGCAUGUCCAUCAUCGGUCCCCGAGGCCCCCCUGGCCAGCCGGGUACUCGAGGCUUCCCUGGAUUUCCGGGUCCUAUUGGCCUGGAUGGCAAACCGGGCCACCCCGGACCAAAAGGGGAACCGGGCCUGGCAGGACCCCGAGGACUGCCGGGCCCUCAAGGACAAAAAGGAGAAAAGGGUCAGUGUGGCGAGUAUCCUCAUCGGCUGCUGCCUCUUCUCAAUUCAGUGCGGCUGGCUCCACCCCCAGUCAUUAAAAGGAGGACCUUCCAGGGUGAGCAGGGCCAGGCUGGUGUCCAAGGACCACCAGGGCCACCAGGCCCCCCUGGACCAAGUGGACCUCUGGGGCACCCAGGACUGCCAGGGCCCAUGGGGCCACCUGGCUUACCUGGGCCUCCUGGACAGAAGGGAGACCCAGGGAUCCAAGGCUACCAUGGACGCAAGGGAGAACGGGGCAUGCCAGGGAUGCCAGGCAAACAUGGAGCCAAGGGGGCGCCUGGGAUUGCCGUGGCUGGGAUGAAGGGUGAGCCAGGAACCCCAGGAGCAAAGGGUGAGAAGGGGGCUUCUGGCCACCCUGGGCUGUCUGGGCUCCUGGGACAGAAGGGAGAGAAAGGUGAUGCUGGUAACUCCAUUGGAGGAAGCAGAGGGGACCCUGGCCCCCCAGGACUCCCUGGGCCUCCAGGGCCAAAGGGAGAAGCUGGUGCAGAUGGUCAGGCUGGGCCCCCAGGACGACAAGGAGACAAGGGGCAGCCAGGAGCACCUGGAGAGCAUGGACCGGCUGGCCCCAAGGGCUCCAAGGGAGAACCUGGGAAAGGAGAGAUGGUGGAUUACAAUGGAAACAUCAACGAGGCUCUUCAGGAGAUCCGAACACUGGCCUUGAUGGGGCCUCCUGGCCUUCCCGGACAAAUAGGCCCACCCGGAGCUCCAGGGAGUCCAGGCCAGAAGGGGGAGAUUGGACUGCCAGGCCCUCCGGGACACGAUGGGGAAAAGGGACCUCGAGGCAAGCCAGGAGACCUGGGUCCUGCAGGUCCCCAAGGACCUCCGGGAAAGGAUGGGCCUCCAGGAAUGAAGGGAGAAACCGGACACCCAGGAGACCCUGGAGAGAAGGGAGAGAAAGGGGAGAUGGGACAAACAGGCUCACCGGGUCUAGACGGCCCAACUGGGGAGAAAGGAGAACCAGGUGACCAAGGGAGGCCCGGAGCGACAGGAUUGCCUGGCCCGAUUGGGCUCCCAGGAUUUACAGGAGAGAAAGGAGAAGCUGGAGAGAAGGGCGAUCCAGGAACAGAGGUUCCUGGGCCACCAGGGCCAGAGGGGCCUCCUGGACCUCCGGGCCUCCAAGGUGUUCCUGGACCAAAGGGGGAAGCAGGCCUAGAUGGUGCAAAAGGAGAGAAGGGUGUCCAGGGAGAAAAAGGAGACCGAGGGCCUCUGGGAUUACCGGGAGCUUCAGGUUUGGACGGCAGGCCUGGGCCACCGGGUACUCCAGGACCAAUCGGAGUUCCAGGCCCAGCAGGACCAAAGGGCGAGAGGGGCAGCAAAGGAGAUCCAGGGAUAACAGGACCAACGGGAGCAGCUGGGCUUCCUGGUUUACAUGGACCACCCGGGGACAAAGGAAACCGGGGGGAGAGGGGGAAGAAAGGCUCUAGAGGGCCAAAAGGGGAUAAGGGAGACCAAGGAGCACCUGGAUUAGAUGCCCCCUGUCCAUUGGGCGAAGAUGGCUUACCAGUCCAGGGCUGCUGGAACAAGUGAUUACCUCUAACCUUGGAUUGGCCUGUGUGUGUGUUUGUACAUAGAAUAUUUAUUUUUAUACAGUUUUCACUUUUUGAAAAUGCCGGAAGUAUGAUGCAUCUUACAGAUUAUUAAAAGAGAGAGAGAGAAAAAGAAAACCUGCCUAUUUUGUACAGAUGAUAACAACCUCUUCCCUUUGUUCACAAGCUGUUUUGUAUAAUUCUAUGUCUCUAAUACACAUUGUUUGAGUACAGUC